AUGCAGCGCUUGGUUGCCACGACCGCCCUCAUUCCUGUCGCUCUCGCCCAGGCCACGUACUAUGGAUGCUAUGUGGACCCCCCCGCGCGUGCUCUGACAGGAGCACUAAUGGUGGACUACGAAAACAUGACAAUAUCUGUCUGUGAGGAGUUUUGCACUACUGGCGCCAACAGUUUCCCGAUCUGGGGCAUCGAAUACGGAGGUGAAUGCUACUGUGGUUCGUCGUUAGCGGUUGGCUCGUUUCCUUCUUUUGAGACAGACUGCCAGAUGGCGUGCCCGGGUAACACGGAAGUAGUGUGCGGCGGUCCCAGUCGACUCUCUCUGUAUGGUCAAUCUGCCACUGCUCCGGCCCAUACUCCUGUGCCUGUCAACGAGGAAGUCACACACUAUGUUUCCCAAGGUUGCUGGACGGAAGCCAUUGGUGUUCGUACGCUCAACGGCGCCAGCGUCGUCUCAUCGCUCAUGACUAUUGACUCCUGCGUCCGUUAUUGGCGAAGAAGAGGGUGCUAUGUCGGUUUGGAGAGUGAAUGCAACAUGCCCUGCGCCGGUAACAGCGAGGAAGACUGCGGUGCUGGCAACCGGUUGAGUGUUUAUCGUUGGGUUAGCGACGAGGAGUCGGAAUAA